AUGUCUAUCUUGAUCAUUGAAACUGUGGGGAAGCAGACCAAUUCUUCUGACCACGGGGACAAGAAGCCAGCUCCCUCCAGCCGCCAACUACUCCAAACCAUUACCGCCACCUACCGCAGAGGUGGCCUCCGUCUUCUCCUGAAUGGCAUCGGUUCCGCCUGUACCUACUGGGCGAUACACUCCUCGGUAGCAAAAAUAUCAAGCAUCCUACUUCCCAGUCCGGUCGCGUAUAUCAUUGCAUCAGUCCUGCUAGCUGAGACCCAUUUCUUCUGGACUGCACGCACCAUCCUUCCACGCGACCAGCUACACCUCGUGCCCGCACGUGACCGGCAACGUUGGAAGGUCCUAGUGAUCCCUGCUUUGUUUUAUGCGGUAGCCGAAACGGUGAUGAUGCAUGUGCCGGCUCUAUUCGACAGCGACCUGACUGCACCGGAAGAGGAAGUCGUGAUUGUCGGACUAUCGUACAUUGUGGGAUCUGACAUCCUGAUAGCCGGGCUCAUGCUUUUUGCCCAGCUGUUUCUGCUCUUUCCCUCUUACAUAGUGUUAAUCCUGGUCCAGGCGAGUCUUUUGCCGCCAACCUGCGAAACGCUGGUGUUUAUGCCGAGAGAGCAGCGGCGGGGCAGACGGGUGGGGGAGAUCUUUGCAGUUGAUGGAGGACCGCUACGAGUACAGGAGGCGGUGCAGAUGGUUGGGGUGGCAAGGUUGCUCUGGUGUCUGGAACUGCAUGGAAAGAUGUGUUUAUGUCUGUUUGGGGUUGCCGCUGUGGUGCAUUCGGCGGUCUACUCUAUGAAGUAG